GGCAUUUUUAACCUAAUCCUAACCUAUACAUUACCUUUUUAUCGUUACAUACAUUUUUUUUCGUUCCCCGUUCUACGUUUUCAUCGCUGCAAAAUGAGUUCUCACGGAAAAGCAGAAACCGACAGACUCAGGAAGAAUUUGGAAGAACAAUUGGAUCGGCUCGUGCAGCAGUUAGAAGAUUUGGAAGAUUGCAGAGUUAACGAAACUCUAGAUGAAACAGAUUAUCAGGAAAGUAAGGAAGACACCAUGGAACAACUCCGUGAGUUUAACGAGAGCUUGCAAAGAAUGAUAUCUGGGAAUAUGACUUUAGUCGAUGAACUUGGAGCAAUGCAAUUGGCAACUCAAGCAGCCAUCAGUGCCGCCUUCCAAACACCAGCCGUAAUAAGAAUGUUUGGUAAGAGGGAACCUACUGGACUCAAGGAACGUCUCUCGCAAAUCGAUCGAGAUGUAAAAUUAGGAAAACUGAACAAAGAAGCCGCCGUUCGUCAACGAGGAGAAAUAUUAAGUGCUUUGAGGCAACUUGGAGAAAAAUUAGAACCGUCUGAGUUACAGUUAUUGGAACGAUUAUCUUUAAAUAAUAUAGAUACCACCAGGUAUGUGCAAAUUACCGAAACAGCGGGAAAGGGUAAAAUGGCUCUAGAUGUAGUUGGCAAGGAAGUUAAAGCUACACAAGAUACUUGAAUUAAUCGUUGGUAAUUGUUAUAACAAUGUUAUGUUAUUUUUAAUUAUUUUUUAUGACUAUUUUUUAAGUUUCGUUA